UUUAUAAAAGCGCAACGCCGGUGUCUUCGGUUAUUCUACUCAACUGCAAUUCAUUCUUGUGUUCAUCUGAAGAUGUCUGGAAGAGGAAAGACUGGCGGUAAGGCACGUGCUAAGGCUAAGACUCGCUCUUCUCGAGCUGGCCUGCAGUUCCCUGUCGGCCGUGUUCACAGGCUCCUGAGAAAAGGCAACUAUGCUGAGCGGGUGGGCGCUGGUGCUCCCGUCUACUUGGCUGCUGUGCUUGAGUAUCUGACUGCUGAAAUUCUCGAGUUGGCUGGGAAUGCUGCCCGCGACAACAAGAAAACCAGAAUCAUCCCACGCCAUCUUCAGCUGGCUGUGCGUAACGACGAGGAGCUCAAUAAGUUGUUAGGUGGCGUGACCAUCGCUCAGGGUGGUGUUCUCCCAAACAUUCAGGCCGUGCUUCUGCCUAAGAAGACAGAGAAAGCCGUUAAGAGCAAGUAAGCAAAAGUGAUCCGUUCAUCAACCCCAACGGCUCUUUUCAGAGCCACU